UCUGUGGCACAGUGGCUGUGUGGCUGUGACUGAGGUAAGACCGUUAAGGAUUCGCUUUGUAUGCUUUUUUAUGCCCUAGACAACAAUAUUAGCUGCCUUUUAAUUAGAAUGAGUGGGAGGCUUUUUUAUUUGUGAUGUUUUAACAGAUAGAGAUAUUUAACCUGAUUUGAUUCUCGUAAGCAGCUGUUUUGGUAAGUGGUGUUUCAUACAGUAGCAGUUCUUUAGCGACAUGAAACAUGAUCUGUAGUAUCACAGCUUAUAAAAUGAUAUCUGUGUUUGAUGUGUUUGGAAGUGUGUAAAAUAACAUUCUUUUUUAAGCAGUAUUUGUAUAAUUAAGCUUUUACAGAAGAUAAAAGUAGGUUUUUUGUUUGUUUGACUGUUUACUGAAUAGUCAGUAGUUACUGAGGAGAUUCUCUUCUAUCUCCCUGAUGUUAAUUCAGAUCUAUCACUGCCCAUUUGACCUCACUCAGACUGUGAGCUGUUGGAUUGGAUUCACUGUAUAGCCUAAGAGUAGUUUCCUCCCUCAUCAGGUGAUGCAUAUCAGUGUUAUUCCCCUAACGGUGUUCACAAAUAUCGUGAUAUCUCAAUUUCAUUUCUGUGUGUGCAACAUUGUUGUAAUGGAUUGUCCUGUGUGUCAGAACUCUGGAUGAGUAUUAAGUUAAAUUGCUAGUGAAUUAGAAGUCAGUCCAUGGCCCAUGUGUGUCUCAAUGAAAAGCAAUUAUAGAAUAUAGGUAGGCCUUGGAGGGAUAUUUGUUUUCAGAAAAUUCAAUUUUGAUAGAAAAACAAUGAAUUGAAAUUGUAUUAUCGACCACUCCACUGCUGCCCAACUAUUCCCACUUUCAGUUUUCCCAUGCCUGUGUAUGUACUUUGCACCUGUUUCAGCCUGUCUCCUCUCAUUGCGCUUCAACACCCCCUUCACUUCUUUUUUCCCUCCACAAGCCGUCAGUGGAACUUGAAAGCCAAUCACUGGAGGUCAGAGUAUGCACCUGUGCUAGAGAACUAAGAAUGUGGUUAUCCGAUAAACAAAAGAUAAACAGAAGCAUUUAGGGGUGUAUAUGGUAAAAAAAAAAACAUGGACUGUGAGAGAGACAGAGGUACUGUUGGACAAAGGCAAGGCAGGAUGGCCACCCCGACUGUACUGGAUUGUUUUGGCUUUCCCCGGAAAACCCACCCCCACCUAGACUCUUUGAGAUGCCUCCGCCUCACUCGGGCCUUCCAGCCAAUCCGCUGCUACCCUGAGGCCCAGCCACACCCAACGCAAUUUCCGCGUGUCAAUGGUCACUCCAAAGCCGAGCGAGUCAUGAGGGACACAGUUAUGGUCUGUGACAGUGCCUCCAUGAUGAGCAGUGAGCUGGAGUCCAGCUCUUUCAUCGACAGUGAGGAAGAUGAGGACACCAGUAGACUGAGCAGUUCUACAGAGCAGAGCUCCUCUUCUCAUUUAAUGAGAAGGCACAAGCGCAGGCGCAGGCGACACAAAGUGCCCAAGAUUGACCGGUCAUCUUCAUUCAGCAGUAUCACAGAUUCAACCAUGAGCCUCAAUAUAAUCACAGUUACACUCAAUAUGGAGAAGUAUAACUUCCUAGGCAUUAGUAUCGUAGGGCAGAGCAAUGACCGCGGAGAUGGUGGAAUCUACAUUGGCUCUAUCAUGAAAGGAGGAGCAGUAGCAGCCGAUGGGAGGAUAGAGCCAGGGGACAUGCUCCUGCAGGUGAAUGAUGUGAACUUUGAGAAUAUGAGCAAUGAUGAUGCUGUCAGGAUCCUCAGGGAGAUUGUCUCUAAGACUGGCCCAAUUAGUCUGACUGUUGCCAAGUGCUGGGAUCCGUCCCCUCGCAGCUACUUCACCAUACCCAGAGCUGAACCUGUACGUCCAAUUGAUCCUGCAGCUUGGAUAUCUCACACUACAGCUCUGACAGGAACAUACCCACAGUAUGAGUUUGACGAUCUUCCAUUAACAGUCGGGAAGACAGAUAUGGCCACCAUUUUGAAGGUGAUGCAGCUCCCAGACUCUGGCUUAGAAAUCAGGGACAGGAUGUGGCUAAAGAUUACCAUUGCAAAUGCAGUUAUAGGUGCUGAUGUGGUGGAUUGGCUGUACUCACGGGUUGAAGGCUUCAAGGACCGACGGGAUGCCAGAAAAUACGCCAGCAGUAUGCUGAAGCACGGCUACCUGAGACACACUGUCAACAAGAUUACAUUUUCUGAGCAGUGUUACUACACAUUUGGAGACAUUUGCCAAAACAUGGCUUCACUGAACUUGAACGAGGGUUCGAGUGGUGGCGGUUCAGAACAGGACACCCUGGCCCCUCUCCCUCCAUCCUCUAACCCCUGGCCCAUGGGUGGCCAGCCUUUUCCUUACCCACCUUUCUCUUCAGCACCUCCUGGCUUCCCUCCAGGCUACUCCGACCCCUGUCACAGCUUCCACAGUGGCAGUGCCGGCAGCCAGCACAGUGAGGGCAGCCGCAGCAGCAGUUCCAACCCCAGUGCCGGGAGGAACCAGCGGCCCAUGCCUCGGGAAAAAGAUCGCAAGUCGACAGGCAGUGGCGGCAGCGAAUCUGAGACAGGCACACGAGGCGGUAGACGGGGCGAGCGCUCGGCCAGUCAGCUAAGCCACCGUAGCCACGCCCACUCUGGACACAGCAACGCUCACUCUCAUCGAAGCCGUGUGCCCUCCCACCACAGCCGUGCUUCCUUCUCCUAUAGCCACACCUCCUUUUCCAAGCAAGGGCGCACCUCCUGUGCACACAGUGAACGGAGCCAUGCCUCCUCUUAUGGGCCCCCUGGUUUGCCUCCUCCCUACAGUUUAGCCAGACUUGCCCCUAAAGGGGCCAUUAACAGUGGACCCCCAGGGGCCCCGCCAGUCCGUGAGCUAUCUUCUGUUCCCCCAGAGCUCACAGCUAGCCGACAGUCAUUUCAGCAUGCCAUGGGCAAUCCCUGUGAAUUUUUUGUGGACAUAAUGUGACCAUGAACCAGUGCCAAAUUACAAACAAGAAAAGCAGUGCAUGGUCCAAUCAUCCUCAUUCUGUUCUGCCUCCAUGUGUUUCUUGGUCUGGUCCAUUAGUCUUGCUUUACACCCAGAGCAGCAAAUAUGGUUCUACUGUGAUUCAUUCAUUAUUGUGAAUUUAGAGUUGGGCCAUUUUAAGGAUAAUCGCACAGAAUGAAUUGAGGGCAAAUUAAAACCAAAGCAAGGGGUCAGUAGAAUCAGUUAUUUUGUUAAGGCUGGUCAAGGUGAAAUCCAGUGAGAAUGCUAUACAAAGAAAAAAAUAUUCCUUACCAAUAGGUAAUAUUCUAUAGAUAUCAGAAACAAUUAAUACCUGAAAAGCAGUUUAUAUCUGCUUUCAUUACCACCAGGAAUGUCCUCCAUUGUUACAAGCUGCAUUCAGGCUAACAGACUAGAAGACAAUCAGGCAUUGCCCUCUGCUGGUCAGAAUCUGUCACCACAUAUUUCAAGGGGGCCAUAAGACAUUAUUCGCUGAACACAGAAAUGAAGAAUUCUUACACAUGCUUACUUGCAUUAGCUGCUUUUGUUCUGCACCAAGCAUUUUUAAUGAUUUAACACUCAGAAAUAUUCAUGAUGCUUAAAAAUGAGAGUUGUCUCUGCAAAACUAUAAAUGUGAAAAGUCUGAAAUUUAGAAUUCUGAUUAAUUGGUUUCCUCUAAUCAUAGACCUCAAUGAUGUGUUAUAUCCAUUAAGGCCAUAUCAAACAUUUAGAUCCCUUUGGAAUUACAGGGUAAACUGAAGAACCAGCACUUAAUACAUACAAUUUUUAAAAAGUAUGUUGCUUUUCUUACGUAAGCUAUACCACACCGAUAACAGCACUACAUACGGUCUUGCCCUUGUGUGCUAAGAAUUGUCAGUUCCUACGGGGCUGGAUACCUGGUUAUUUCUCAACAUUCUAUGAUGGCAUAUAAAACCUUUGUUUUUUGUCAGUGUAAAACAGCAGAAUUGGUAGCGAAAAGUUUAAAGAUCUGUUCCAAGUUAAGAGUGAGACAAUUUUUUAUGGGUACUUUGUGUACCGUAUCCAGCCUCUUCAUGAAGGCAUUUAAUGAUUUAAGAUUUAAUGCAGCAUUCUGUUAAAGUGGCACUUUUAUAACAUGCACCCUUUUUAGUGUAAAACACUGUACAACAUCUUCAGGUGUGUCUUAUUUUUGUCCUAUGGAAAUAAUGGGGGAAAUGUGUUGUACAUAAUUCAUUUUUACUGUAUAUAUGACAAAUAGAAAAUUGUAUAAAAAGAUAUGUACAAAGGUUCGGGUCAUACCUUUUUGUAAAUUGAUGUAAAAUGCUAAUUUGAUUCAAUGUGAGUGUUAAUACAAAUUCCAGUUUCAUUUGAAAGUUUUGUAGCAGUCCUGUUGCUUUUUGUAUUUCUCAUUAGGGGUUGUUGAUGAAUAAAAAGCAACAUUAUGUGUA